AUGGAAAAGAAACCGUGUGAAUGGUCUGUGCCACCCCACACCGUACCACAGACCGGUACCACCCCACACCGGACCACAGACCGGUACCACCCCACACCGUACCACAGACCGGUACCACCCCACACCGUACCACAGACCGGUACCACAGACCGGUACCACCCCCACCCGGACCACAGACCGGUACCACCCCACACCGUACCACCCGGUGCCACCCCACACCGUACCACAGACCGGUACCACCCCACACCGUACCACAGACCGGUACCACCCCACACCGUACCACAGACCGGUACCACCCCACACCGUACCACAGACCGGUACCACCCCACACCGUACCACAGACCGGUACCACCCCACACCGUACCACAGACCGGUACCACCCCACACCACAGACCGGUACCACCCCACACCGUACCACAGACCGGUACCACCCCACACCGACAGACCGGUACCACCCCACACCGGACCACAGACCGGUACCACCCCACACCGUACCACAGACCGGUACCACCCCACACCGUACCACAGACCGGUACCACCCCACACCGUACCACAGACCGGUACCACCCCACACCGUACCACAGACCGGUACCACCCCACACCGUACCACAGACCGUACCACCCCACACCGUACCACAGACCGGUACCACCCCACACCGUACCACAGACCGGUACCACCCCACACCGUACCACAGACCGGUACCACCCCACACCGUACCACAGACCGGUACCACCCCACACCGUACCACAGACCGGUACCACCCCACACCGUACCACAGACCGGUACCACCCCACACCGUACCACAGACCGGUACCACCCCACACCGUACCACAGACCGGUACCACCCCACACCGACCACAGACCGGUACCACCCCACACCGUACCACAGACCGGUACCACCCCACACCGUACCACAGACCGGUACCACCCCACACCGUACCACAGACCGGUACCACCCCACACCGUACCACAGACCGGUACCACCCCACACCGUACCACAGACCGGUACCACCCCACACCGUACCACAGACCGGUACCACCCCACACCGUACCACAGACCGGUACCACCCCACACCGUACCACAGACCGGUACCACCCCACACCGUACCACAGACCGGUACCACCCCACACCGUACCACAGACCGGUACCACCCCACACCGUACCACAGACCGGUACCACCCCACACCGUACCACAGACCGGUACCACCCCACACCGACCACAGACCGGUACCACCCCACACCGUACCACAGACCGGUACCACCCCACACCGUACCACAGACCGGUACCACCCCACACCGUACCACAGACCGGUACCACCCCACACCGGUACCACAGACCGGUACCACCCCACACCGUACCACAGACCGGUACCACCCCACACCGACCACAGACCGUACCACCCCACACACGACCACAGACCGGUACCACCCCACACCGUACCACAGACCGGUACCACCCCACACACCACAGACCGGUACCACCCCACACCGUACCACAGACCGGUACCACCCCACACCGUACCACAGACCGGUACCACCCCACACCGUACCACAGACCGGUACCACCCCACACCGUACCACAGACCGGUACCACCCCACACCGUACCACAGACCGGUACCACCCCACACCGUACCACAGACCGGUACCACCCCACACCGUACCACAGACCGGUACCACCCCACACCGUACCACAGACCGGUACCACCCCACACCGUACCACAGACCGGUACCACCCCACACCGUACCACAGACCGGUACCACCCCACACCGUACCACAGACCGGUGCCACCCCACACCGUACCACAGACCGGUACCACCCCACACCGUACCACAGACCGGUGUCAUCAGCACCAAUCAGGGCCUUAA